AUGACCAAGCGUGCGGCGGAUUGCAUGACCGAUGCAGAUGGGACAGCUGAGAAGGCGGGUGCCGCCGCUCCUGAAUUGGUGGAGGUGAAUCUUGGGCUCAUCAGUGGAGUGGCUUUGCUUGCGCUGCAAGUGCCAGCCACCACGCGGGUGGGUGAGCUCAAGGAGCAGGUCCACAAGGAGAAGGGCAAUCUUCCUUCGCAGCAGCAGCUGCUCGCGCCAGGCACUUUUCAGAAGCUGGAUGAUGACCAGAGCGUCGCGGAGCUCCGAGCAGGGGGUGGGAGCGUGGAUCUCAUCCUGGUGCUGAACGCAACCUUCUGGCCCUGCAGCCGCUUCGAGGGCGUCAAGCAAGGCUAUGCCUUCAAGCUCGGCCCAGAGGGCUUGGGCUACUACCAUGAUGAGUACCAGGAAGGCGAUGGAGGAGCAAAGCGCGACCCUUGGGACGGGCUCUGGUUAACCUCCACAAGAGCAGAUGCAUCUUCGGUGGUAGUCGAGAGGGGACAGAUCUACUGGGGCGGCUACAAGUCCGUCCCCAAGGGCACGUCACUUCUGCAAAAACUGGAUGACAGGGGCUUCUUCGCGAAGGGCUCUGACCCGCAGUAUGCUGAGUUGAGCAGCGUCGACCGGCUGUGUUGGAAGAACAAGCAGAGCGAGGCUGCUCGGCAAGGAGGGCCCAAACGUGACAGAAAGGAGCCCAAGUAUUUGCUUCUUGCCGUGGGGGGCAUCACUGCCGUGGGCGUGUUUGCCUUGCUGCGCAGCAGUGGUGGUGGCUCGAAGGUUCGUAAGGAGAAGUUGGCGCUGGACUCCAAGGAGGGGCUGCUGCAGACGCUGCAAGAGCUGUCUAGCCAGCAGGCGCAGAUGCGCAACCAGCUGAAGGAGCUUACUGCGGAGGCCUGCGCAGAGCAAGUCUCUGAGCCCAGCUCUUAUUCCUUUCAGCCGAGGCGCCUGCGCUGCGUGGCCCGCGGCGCGUCGGAAGUGACGCUGGAGGCGCCUGCGCUCCCCGCGGAGUGGCGCCUGGAGCGCUACGACUGCGGAGGUUGGCUCUCAAGCAAUGCGUGGGUACCCAUCACCGACCUAAAGGUGUCAUCUUCCGAGGGUGUGACACGCAUGCAAGUGGCCAACUUGAAGUCAGAAACCCAGUACGCCUUCCGGGUGGCACCAGACAACCCUGAGCUGGACUUGCAGGUGCGCUGCUCCACAGCCUCACGGCCGUCUGCGCCCAAGGCGCUGCGGGUGCUGCGGCGACGGCCCCAGGGGCUCACGCUGCAGGUUCAGGCGAGGCCAGGACCGCUGCCAAAUUUGGAAUGCGAGCUGCAGUGGGCUCAGGGUGGCAUCUUGGGCUCCUGGACCUCCAAGAUGGUGCUCUGCGAGGAGGGUGCAAGUGUCUGUGAAAUUUUGCUGGAGCAGCUUGCCUCCUGCACGGACUAUCACUUGCGUGCGCGCUUCCGCAACGCCGUGGGCUGGUCGCAGGACUUCACGCGGGAGGCGGGCCGCACCUCGGAGAUCGCCUCGGCGCCCUGGGACCUGAAGCUGCUGAAGAGGCGACCGGGGCAGGUGCUGCUGGAAUGCGAAGUUAUGGAUCCGGAAGGUGCACCCAUCACUGAGUUGGAAGUCCAGCUUUGCGGCAGAGUCUCCUGGGGCGAGGUGUGUAGCGAGUGCCUCGCCUCCUUGGAGAGCUGGGACUGGGACGACCUGGGCGGCGGUCCCAGCCGCAGAGUGCAGGUGACGGUCUCUGGGCUGCCGGCCGACCCGGUGAGCCAACUGCGAGUGUGGUCAAAGAACAUCGUUGGCAGGUCGUUGACACCCUCGCCGACGUUGCUGUGCCGCCCCUCCUCACGGCCAGAAGAGGUUCGUAGCCUCCGAUGUUGCCGACGUGGGCUGGACUUUAUGGAGAUGGACUGGACCACCAACGACCCAGAAGGGGCGCCGGUGCUCGAGUGUACUUUGGAUUUCUGGCCUGAGCAUGCACUCUUCACACGGGCGCAGCAGGUCGAAGUGGUGCGGAAGCAGCAAGGGUCUUUUUGGAGCGCCACUCUCAGAGGCUUGGAGCCAGAGACGCCUUACGUGCUGCGCCUCCGGUGUCGCAACGUGGUGGGCGUCUCUGACCUCAGCCAGCUGCCAGUGUUCCGCACAGCAGAUCGGCCUGUUGCGCCUGCCAGCUUGCAGAGUGGGCACGUGACAGCCACAACUAUCCAGCUACACUUCGAACUGAGCUACGACCCUGCGCAGCUCUCUUGCGUGCCGGGGCUCAGUGCCCUCAUAGUGGAAGAGGCGGGCACGCUGGUUUGGAAGACUGUCCCAGAGAAGGAGGUCAAAAUCGAUGCCUCCCCAAACUCCUCCGGCACCGUGCACGUGGUGGUGGAGCUGAAGGGCCUGCAAGGUGACCACGGGUAUCGCUUCCGCGUGUGGCCAGAGAACGCGGUGGGGAGAAGCUCCGUACCGUCUGUUGCGCUGGACUGCCACACCAGCCGCAAACCGGAGGAGCCGAGCGAGCUCAGGGCAAAGUCUCUGAGUGCCUACCACAUGAGCCUCUCGUGGCACGUGCUGGACCCUCCUGGGGCGCCGGUCUGGGGUGCCAGCGUUGAGAUCGCUACCCAGUCGAUGUUUGGUGCCUGGCAGCCAGUGAGCGACGUGUCCUUGCAGAGGGAUGGCGAGCACUGGAAGCAAGUGGUGUAUGGCUUGGAGCCAGCCCAGGAGUACGUCUUCAAAGUCAAGGCGCGGAACGACUCGGGCUGGUCAGAAUGGUCUGAAAUUUUGGAUUGGAGCAUGCCGUGCGUGCCUGCAAUCUCCGACAUGGUUUUACACCGAAUCCCUACCUCUUGCAGUGCCGACCAGGGCAGUGCGUCGUUAAUGCUUACCUUCUCGGUUCAUCAACCGGAAGCUGCACCUUGUGCGGUUUGUACAGCUAUGUGUUAUGCCAACUCUCAGCGAGUUCUCGCUCAGCGAGAACACGGCAACCAGUGGACAGCCUGUUUCCCAGGCGUCGACUUGGACCCACUGGUUAACUGCUUUCGCGUGGAGGCCGCCAACGCCGUUGGCUGGGCUACACACCAGGACAUCGCCCGAUUGGGCUCCCCUGGCCAAAGACUGCCAGAGCAGAGCUCAUCACAGGUGAACCAAUUUGCCACCGGCUUCCUGGCGAAGGAGGCUGCCCAGUGGGACCUGGUCUGUGCGCAGGGCACGCCUGAAAGGCUGGAGGAGGCUCAGUUGGUGCGGGGCGCCCUGCAGGUGGCCAAACUCAAGGAGAAGCCGGAAGUGAGCUGGUGGACCCGUUGCGAGGACUUUCUGGUGACACAGGAGGAUGGCCAACUGCUGCCAAAGGAGUGCUUGGCGGUGUCACUGGUUGCCUUCCAGCUGCUGAUGGAAGGCAGCUUCGCAGCAGAACAGCUCCGCAACGAGGUCGAAGGCCUUUGGCAGAACCUUCUCUUCCUGGCAGAGGCGCUCCCUGAGGAGGAUGGACUGCUUACGUGGCGCGGAAGACAUGACGACUGGUCUGGUGAGUUCCAGGAGAGGUUUGCCGCUGGCUGGUCGCGUGCCUGCGCUUCAGCAGUGCGGCUUCUUGCCUCUGCUGCAGGCCGAGGCAACAUGAUGCCUCCCUUGCGUGAGGCACUGUCUGACCUGCAAGGGCUGCUGGAAGUCCAUUGCUGGCUGGAUCAGCAGUUCCAGGACACAAGAUCUGCCGCAGAGGAGCUUCAUCAGGUCAUCCUUGGCUCUGACGUUGCCUUGAGCAUCUAUGAAUUACACGGCACUGCGGCAGUCACCGCUCUCACACAGCUGGCGGGUCUUGGUGGCGCCUUCCACGUGGCGGUCCAGGUCUACUGGCUGGAGUGGAGCUUUGGGUGGUGCGAAGAUGGUUCUGGCAUCCAGGCGCUCCACUUCGGUUCCAGCAGCUUGGGCCGCUUCCGCCAGCGUCUGCCGCUGGGGCGCACGCCCCUGGCACCCGAAGAGGUUCUGUCGAUCCUCGCAGACAUGCGGAAGAACUGGGACGGCAAGUCGUACGACCUGCUGCGUCGGAAUUGCGCACACUUCAGCAUCGAACUUGUGCGCCGACUGCGUGUGGAGGAGGCGCCUGAGUGGAUCAACGCCCUCGCCACGGCGGGCGGUCAGAUCGCCCAGUGGCUCGGGGUCUUUCGGCCCGUGCUGGUGGCAGAGGAGGAGGCAGAGGAGAUUGCAGACCGAAAGCUGCAGGCACCAGAUGCUCAGGAGUUGGCAGAAUGGCAAUGGGCCCUGGAGUAUGUUAUGGAGCGCAAUGCCGAAGCGAGGCGGGUGCGCCAGAAGCUUGCCCUCCGCGCAGCUGCCAGCCUGGGCCGUCCCCGGCGCGCGCGAGCGCGCGGGGGCUGGGCGCCGAUGCGCACAGAGGAGACCAUGCCGGCGGAAAAAGUUUGCUUCCUGCUGGCGCAAUGCAUUUUGUAUUUCUGUGUCUGCGUGUCUCUGUGA